AUGUCUUCACCACUACCAUCUUCGUCUUCUAUUAUGACACUAGAAACAAUCGUCCAGUCAUGGUUUAUUCCAGUCGAUAUUUUUAUGAUUACGUGCACUAUCGUAGCUAUUGUACUUUCGGUGAUCUUUCUGUGCAUUAUUAUCGUCGAUCGGUCAUGUCAUACAGUACCGAUGAUGUUAGUUGCUAAUUCAUGUCUUUCUGUACUUGUAUUCGCAUGUGUAUUGCUCAGCAUGUCAAUCUUUACAUUGGAAAAUGAUCUCAAAAGAAUUGAUUAUGAAGAUUCGCAAUGUAUUGUUCGGGCUUAUUUUGACUAUGUGGCUGCUGCUCUAGUAAACUAUUCAUUUCUAGUGCAAGCACUCUAUCGCUACACUGUUGCCGUCUAUCCGGCUCGUUUAUUUUGGCAUUCAGCGAAAUCUCAAUUGAUGAUUAUUUGUUUCACAUGGCUGAUUGGAAUCACAUUCCCAUUUGUAUUUAUUUUCAGUGGAAAAGUUAUCUACAACGCGGACAAUCAGAUAUGUCAAACACCUGUGGUACCCUCAUUCUACAUUGUUUAUCCCGCUUCAUGUAUCUAUGGAGUACCUGUGUCGGCAAUCAUGUUUAUUUAUUAUAAACUGUUGCAGCAUGUUCAUCGAAUGAAAUGUCGUGUGGUACCUGUUGCGAAAUUAUUUCGAGCACAACGACAUUUAAAAAUGGCUCAACAAAUUAUGAUUGUCGUUGGUAUUUUAUUAACGAUCGGUUUUCCUUAUGCAUUAUUUAUUGGUAUGACUUUUUUCACUAAGCCACCAAAGUACCACUAUCGAAUCGCAUUUUUAUUUGUCGAUGUAUCAUUAGCAUUGGUCGUCAUUGCUUUGUUUCAAUUAACCCAACCAGUGAAAUCAUUCCUAAUGAAAAAACUAACACGGCAGCCUAAUACACAAAUUGCAUUGACAUGA